GAAGUGAGGUGGAGAAGGGCCAGUGAGAUGGGCCAGUGAGGUUCCCCAUCCUAAGAAGUGAGGUGGACAGCGCAUGGGAGGGGGCCGGUGGGGAAGCAGUGGCAGCAAGCUCCCAGAGGCGAGGCUUGCGCGCCUGCCCCCGCCCUGGCCCCAGCGCCCACCCGGUAGGCCCCGGCCCAGCCAUGAUCAAGGCCAUCCUCAUCUUCAACAACCACGGGAAGCCGCGGCUCUCCAAGUUCUACCAGCCCUAUAGUGAAGAUACGCAACAGCAAAUCAUCAGGAAGAGUUUCCAUUUGGUGUCUAAGCGAGAUGAGAAUGUUUGUAAUUUCCUAGAAGGAGGAUUAUUAAUUGGAGGAUCUGACAACAAACUGAUUUAUAGACAUUAUGCAACACUAUAUGAGCUUGGCAUUUUAGAUCGAAUUCAAGUAUUUGUGGAAACAUUAGACAAAUGUUUUGAAAAUGUCUAUGAACUGGAUUUAAUAUUCCAUGUAGACAAGGUUCACAAUAUUCUUGCAGAAAUGGUAAUGGGGGGAAUGGUAUUGGAGACUAACAUGAAUGAGAUUGUUACACAAAUUGAUGCACAAAAUAAACUGGAGAAAUCUGAGGCUGGCUUAGCAGGAGCUCCAGCCUGUGCUGUAUCAGCUGUAAAGAAUAUGAAUCUUCCUGAGAUCCCAAGAAAUAUUAACAUUGGUGACAUCAGUAUAAAAGUGCCAAACCUGCCCUCUUUUAAAUAAAAUAUUAAAAAGGCCACUCCCAGAUAAAAUCCAGAGGGAAAGUCAUCUAAGUUUACCAUGCAGUUGUUUACCAAAAAUAGAGGAGUCUUAACUUGACUCUUGGAUUGAAGUCAAGGUACUGUAUAGAAGCUGCAUAAAAUCAGCAUGAAAGUUCAGUGUUGCUUUUCUUGCUCAGUGAUUUUAAAGGAAUUGAAUAGUUCCCGUGUGAUUUUUUUUUUCUUUUCUCAAUUGUGUUCCUAUGCCCACAUAAAGGCAUGUCUCUAU